AUUAUCAAACAUCCAACAAAAGAGCAUCCCAAGCACUACUGUACACUGUUGUAGUAGGAGAAGAAAUCCAAAUGACGUUAAUGCAAAUGGUUCCAUUGUUGAUGAAAAAAGAGAAUAAUAAUGAGGACUAUGAACCAAAAGUGGUUUCAUUCGGGCCUUAUCACCACGAAAAGGAGAAUCUCAAGUUGGUUGAGGAUUUCAAGCCCACUGCAGUUCAAAUGUUUGUUGGAUCAGACAUGAAUGAAGUUGUUUUCAUCUCUGCAAUUUCAGGGGAAAUUGAGAAUGCUAAAAGUUGUUAUCCAAGAGAAGUCACACGUAGGUACACAGAUAUACAAUUUGCUCAAAUGAUGUUUAGAGAUGCAUGUGUCAUUCUAAAUUAUUUCGGACCAGAUAAUGAUGUUGAGCAUUCAUGGAAAAAGGCGGAGACAAUUAAUCAUCAUCUUGGUAUUGCUGUUUAUAGAAGCAUUAGACGUGACAUGUAUUUGCUUGAAAAUCAAAUACCUUUUCGGAUUCUCGAGAUCUUGGUUGCUUUGAGAUACCCUAAUACUCCUAAAGGUUCAUUUGUAACGAAUAUGGAACAGCAUUCCUUUAAAAUGUUCUUCAAUGACAAGAAAGGAAAAAUUGAACAUGCUGAACCUAACGAUGGUCUAGGGAAGAAUCCUGCUCACCUUCUUGAAAUUUUCCGAAGAGUAAUUGUGACAGGUCCAACUCAUGAUCCUAUUUUCAGGGAUAAUGAUGGUUGUUGCAAUGUUAAUGACAUGCUAUCCAACCUCGAAAAAGGUGUUGGUAAAUGCUGCAACGAUGAUGAAAAAAAUGAAGAUAUGCAUGGGCUGUAUGUGUUCCGUUCAAUUACGGAUUUGAAAUCAAAGGGGAUAAAUUCAAAGGCUAGUGGGAUUAAAUCUCUCAAAGGUGUAAGGUUUAGUCCAACUAGAUUCUGUCGAUCUGCUGAACUGAAGCUCCCGUUUAUGUACGUUGAUAUGUACACUAGAGUGUUUUUCAACAACAUGAUCGCGUAUGAGUUCUCUCCCAAUUCUCAUAUUAUCGAUAAGUCAGUGACUGGUUACAUCAGUUUUAUGAAACUACUUGUGGUUACAAAAGAAGAUGUGAAGGAGAUGAGAGAGAACAAAAUAUUAAUCAACAGCUUAGGGAGUGAUGAUGAUGUGGUGCAAGUCUACAAAGAUUUAAAUACUUUUGAGGCAGAGGAUAGUUCUAAUUUCUGGAAAGUCAAACAGAGUAUCGAAAAACACUAUCACAGCAAAAUAAGGACUUGGAUGGCUGAGUUUAGAACCACAUAUUUUAACAAUCCAUGGACCAUAAUUGCCUUGCUUGCUUCUCUUUUCCUCCUCUGCUUAGAUAUUGUCCAGACCUACUAUGCAAUACAUCCCGCUCCUAACAACCCUGGUGAUGCUUAAUUCAUCUUCUUCACUAGGAGGUUUUUUAUUUUUUAUAUAUGUGUCAUGUUGUUUGAAUUAAUUAUAUAUGCCUUUCAUGUAGUCCCCUCUAUGUAUUAUAAUUGUAUGCUUGUAGUACAAAAUCUCGUUUAUUCCGUAAAAAAAAAUAAUGAGGAGUUUGAGAAUAAUAAGGGAGAUUGAAUAUUA